UUGGUUUUCAAUGCCCGAAUGCCUUAGAAUGCAGUGAUCCUCAUCCUUCAGGCACCUUACCGUGUGUCGCGUGUCGGCGUUUGAUGCAUAACCAUUUCCCCAACCCGGAACCUUUAACUCAAACUUGAAUCUAUCCCACCGGCCUUGCCCCCGCCGUCGUUUCCUCAAUCCCCCCUUUCUGUUUCCUCCACGCUUGAGCUUCAAUUGUGGCCGGAUGGUCUUGAUAUCUCCUUUCCGUUACUGAUUGGCAGAUGCAGUGCCCAAAAGAACACCCCCAGUGCUCCCAUUGCACCAGUGACAACAUAAUAUGCCAAUAUAUCUCCUCGUCUAGCUCACUGGUGUGGCCCAGGGUCAAGUCCCGCUCCACUACUCCAACCAUCCCGCCAGCACGGACAACAACGUCUCAAUCGCAACCCAACACCAGGAUUUAUGCCCAGUAUCGCCUCGUAAUGGACCACUCCAUCAGUCCAUGCCCUCCUCCGGGAGGCGAACUCAACAUCCAGGACUUGGAACUAAUGAUGCAGUGGUGCACCACCACUUACCGAUCCGUCUCGCGCAAUAGCACCGUGGAAGGCAUAUGGCAGGGCGUGGUCCCGCGCGAGGCAAUGCGCCACCCAUUCCUCAUGCAUGGCAUUCUGGCCCUGUCAGCCCUACAUCUGGCCUCCGCCACCUCUUCCAACACCGGCGCCAGCAAAGAGGAUUAUCUGCGCACCGCCAAGAGUCAUCAGCAACAGGCCGUUGCGGGCCUGGCCAAGGUCGCGGACCAUCUAGACCGGUCCAAUUGCAACGCGGCGUUUGCCCUCUCCAGCAUCAUGGUCGUCUUCGCGUUUGCUUUCCAGGGAAACCCAAUUCCCACCGUCAACACGCAAUCCAAUGCCUUGGAUGCGCUCAUGGACAUUUUCCAGUUCACCAGGGGCUCCAUCGAUGUGCAGGGCGAGAUUAUCGAAUGGGUCGCUGACGGAGAGUUCAGCGCUCUCCUAGAAUACGACAACUCUCAGCCCAAGAUGCCGGAUACUUCGCGCCUGGCCAUUAUGUCUCUCUCCAGGCGAAAUACUAACUUAGCGAUCAAGGAUCCGACGCACGAAAAGGAUGUGUACGAUGCGACCAUCAACCACCUCGGAUUCUCCCUGGACAAGCUCGCGCGCGGAGGGGAGACCAUGAUCAUCGCCUUUCAAUGGAUAUUCCGCAUCCCGUCGCGAUAUGUGGAAUUGGUCCGGGAGCGAAAACCGUUCGCAUUGGCGAUUCUCGCCCACUACGCUGUCAUCAUCCACUCGUUGCGAGGACAUUGGUGGAUUGGCGAAUGGGGGACUCGACUGAUUCGGGAUAUCGGCCAGCAUCUGGAUGCCGGCUGGAGAGAGUCGAUCAGUUGGGUCAUUGACGCCACAGGCUGUUAUAUCCCUCCAGUCUGAACAAGCCCACCCGCAUUUUUCUCGACGACCACCACGGAUGUUCGCCUGAAUCGCACUCUGAAGCGAUGUCCCCUCCACGACGCAUGUCACCAUAGUACUACACAAAAUCUGCUAGGCUGCAUCCAGCGAAGCGGAUGCACUUCCCGC